AAAUGUUUAUAUUUCCCUAGGCAAAGAUGUUAAUUGCUUGUGGUAUUUCCGUGUCGAUAUCUCUUGGCAUUUUACUGGCAAUGGAUUUAGUAGCAGGAAAAGACUGCCAUCCGCCUUGGUAUGGUCGGAAAUGUUUGCAGCAUUGCAAUUGUCAAAACCAAGCGAGUUGUCCCUCUUGUGACUAUUCUUGUAUACCUGGCUAUUUCACGAAGGAUUGUCAAUACAGUGACGUAAUGCAAGAGAAUAGCACCACCGUCAGAGGUCCAUCUGGUAACUACGAAUCCUACACUCAGGGCCUGAUCCGUGGCAUGGACACAUCGCCACUUGAGAUCAACUUCAAUCACGAGACGUUCUUUACCUGGAUGACGCUGUGUUUCGAAACCAAUGUGCCAAUAGAAUAUGCCAGUUUUUCUCUCAAUGUCAGCACUUCCCUGAAACUGAAUGUCGACCCGGACACUAACUGUGGCGAAGUGUCCAAACUGUUCCUGAAUGAGUCUCACUGUGUCGUCCUGAGAUGUGAGCCCUACCUGCUCGUCACUAAAGUCUUUGUUUACUGGCAGGGGAAAAUCCAAUUAAGAUCCUUAAAUGUUAGCGGAGGGGCUAACAUGGCUCUGAAGCAGGACGUCAGGCUUGAUGUAAAAAGUAAAGAUCCAAAUCGAAACCCAAGCUACGUGGUCGACCAGGACUACGGCACCACGGCUACAUCCCAACAUAAGACUAGGUUACCCGUCUUUCAUGUGAUAUUAAGAGAGGCGAUCUGGAUCCAGAGAAUCGUUCUAGUAACAGCGUCCAAAGAAGUCCAUAAUUUAAGCGUUCAAGUGUUUGAUGAUCUAUCUAAAGCCACAGACGCCGACUACAGCUAUCUGGUGGCCACAGAACAUGACAACAACUUCUUUCACAGUUUUUAUGUGCCAUCAAGAAAAAGGUCGAAGAAAAUCAAGGUCACUGGAGUGAAUAAUAUUAAACAAAGAUCUCUUUCUUUUGCUGACAUUUUAAUAUAUUCCGAUUGUCUCUUUCCCUUCUACGGCCCGACCUGCGAAGACUCUUGCAGUAUUGGAUGUGAAGAUAUGACCUGCUACGUUACUGGCGAGUGUUUUAGCUGCAUGUCUGGAAUGACAGGAAAACUCUGUUUAGAAUUUGAUCCGAGUAUCGACGAAGGAAAUGAAGAGGAAUUUGUCCCGGAAAACAUCCCUAAGACUCCAUUUAGUGACCAUGCUGCCAGAAAGAGCGAGUCUUUGUUUGCCGGGACAGACCUAUUUUUUGCCAUUUUGUUUGGGGCGGUGAUACUUGUCAUUUUACUGAUGCUGGCUUUCUACAUCCUAAUCAACAUUGCUGUUGCACGCUCCGAGAGUUCGUUUAGCCGAAAAAGUCAAAUAACUACAAGUUUCACCAGCACUAUAAAACAUAACAGUGUGGGUUCGACUCGCGUUUCUUCAGGGCCCUACUCGACCAAGAGAGUAUCUUUAGCUUCAACUGUUAACGGGCCGCAGGAAGGACAGACACGGGAACCAGACAAGCAAAGCAAAGCAAUGUAAUUUGAAUGUAAAUUGAAAGACAAAAACAACAACAACAACAACACAACUACAAAUAUCUAUACAUUGUUUCUUACAGCGUAUUGUAAUAGUUUUGUUUUAUUAAACCCAAGAUAAAUAUAAAUAAUAUUUUAAAAAUGUGGAGUGAUAUUUUAGCAUAUUUACUGUAAUCCUGGUACAUACUGUAGUGAGAAGAAAAUUAAAUCUUUUCAAAUUUUUUUUUAUUAACAAUAUUCUGAUGUGUGUGUGUGUUAGUGUCUGUGAGU